GUGGCCGAAUUCGCCGCGGUGCACGGCCCGGCGCUGCGAGCCUCCGGCGUCCCCGAACAGUACUGGGCCAGCCUCCUGCACAAGCUGGAGCACGAGGUUUUUGAUGCCGGGGAGAAGUUUGGGAUAAUGCAAGUGGAGGAGGCGGAAGAGGAUGAGGAUGAGGCCACCCAGGAAGGACGGAGGAAACAGCCCAACCCAGGGGGAGAGCUGUGCUACAAAGUCAUCGUGACCAGUGAGAGUGGGCUGCAGGCUGACAACCCCAACAGCAUCUUCCUCAUCGACCAUGCCUGGACGUGUCGUGUGGAGCACGCCCGCCAGCAGCUGCUGCAGGUGCCGGGGCUGCUGCACCGCAUGGCCAGCCUGAUGGGCGUGGAGUUCCACGGCGAGCUGCCGAGUGAGGAGGCUGUGGCCCUGGUGCUGGAGGAGAUGUGGAAGUUCAACCAGACCUACCAGCUGGCCCAUGGGACAGCCGAAGAGAAAGUGCCAGUGUGGUACAUCAUGGACGAGUUCGGCUCACGGAUCCAACACGCGGACGUGCCUAGCUUCGCCACCGCACCCUUCUUCUACAUGCCCCAGCGUGUGGCCUACACGCUGCUGUGGCCCCUGAGGGACCUGGACACAGGCGAGGAGGUGACCAGGGACUUUGCCUAUGGAGAGGCAGACCCGCUCAUCCGGAAAUGCAUGCUGCUGCCCUGGGCCCCCGCCGACAUGCUGGACCUCAGCUCCUCCACGCCCGAGCCUCCCGCCGAGUACUACCAGGCCAUUCUGGAGGAGAACAAGGAGAAACUGCCUCUUGACAUCAGCCCAGCACCCCACCCUCAAGACCACGUCUUCAAGGUCCACACGGAUGUGCAGCAGGUGCUGGGCCACCUCACACACCCGAGCUUCACCUUUACCCCUAACGAGGCGGAGGCUGACGUCUUGUACCACUUCUCCCACUUCAAGGACUACAGGAAGCUCAGCCAGGAGAGGCCAGGUGUGCUGCUGAACCAGUUCCCCUGCGAGAACCUGCUCACGGUGAAGGACUGCCUGGCCUCCAUCUCGCGCCGGGCCGGGGGUCCAGAGGGCCCUGCCUGGCUGCCUCGCACCUUCAACCUGCGUACCGAGCUGCCGCAGUUUGUCAGCUACUUUCAGCAUCGGGAAAGGCAGGGUGAGGACAACCAUUGGAUCUGCAAGCCGUGGAACCUGGCCCGCAGCCUGGACACCCAUGUCACCAGGAGCCUGCACAGCAUCAUCCGGCACCGGGAGAGCACCCCCAAGGUCGUGGCCAAGUACAUCGAGAGGCCUGUCCUGUUCCCCCGUGAGGACGUGGGCAGCGUCAAGUUCGACAUCCGCUAUAUUGUGCUGCUGCGCUCCGUGAAGCCGCUGAGGCUGUUCGUGUAUGAUGUGUUCUGGCUGCGCUUCUCCAACCGACCCUUUGAGCUCAACGACCUGGACGACUACGAGAAGCAUUUCACCGUCAUGAACUACGACCCGGAUGUGGAGCUAAAGCAGGUGCAUUAUGACGAGUUCAUCCCCCAGUUUGAGAGACAAUACCCGGAAUUUCCCUGGAGCGGCGUGCAGGCUGAGAUCUUCCGGGCCUUCACAGAGCUGUUCCAGGUAGCGUGUGCCAAGCCACCACCCCUGGGUCUCUGCAACUACCCCUCGUCCCGGGCCGUGUAUGCUGUGGACCUCAUGCUGAAGUGGGACACCCGCCCAGAUGGGACGCAAGCGAUGCAGCCACAGAUCCUGGAGGUGAACUUCAACCCUGACUGCGAGCGUGCCUGCAGGUACCACCCCUCCUUCUUCAACGAUGUCUUCAGCACCUUGUUCCUGGACCAGCCUGGCGACUGCCAGGUCACACGCCUCAUCUAGGCCCUGCGGCCCCUGCCAUCUGCGCUCGAGAUGCCAGUCCAGCCUCGCCUUCUGCGCUGCUCUGCAGAACCCCCUCCCUGGCCACCUCCCUUGCCCCCUCCUCCUGGGGCAGCCCCUGUCUCCCUUCCAAACCCUGGCCCUCCUGGGACCAUCGCCCCACUGCACGCCAGGGCCGCAGAGCCUUCCUACUCCACCGCCAAGGCCAUCCCCACGUCUCCCCACCCGUCCCUGUCCCUGAGAGCCUGUCCCCAGCUGCCUCGUUCCAGAGGUCUUAAGGGAAAGGGGUUCCCUAGAACCCUGCAUCACGAGAGCCAGGCCUUGUCUCCCGUCUGCUCUCACUAUGCGGUUCCCGAGUGGAUCAUCUGUCUGUGCCCACAGGGCUGUGUGGCGGCCCCAGAACCGCUACCAGCCCAUCACGGCUCCGGCAGGAAGCCACACCUCUGGAUGGGCCUGACUUCUGGGAAGCUGGCCCCUGAGGGUCCCUUCCCUCCCAAGGGCCUCCGGUGUCACUGGGCACCUCACCAGGUCCCAGCCACCUCUCGAGAUGGGCGGCACUCUGGGGACAGUGCAAGGGGCUGGGGCAAGCAUGGAUGCUAAUGCGGUUCGAAGCAGGAUUUGUUACUCUCUUCCGAGGUCCAGAGUCAGUGUCGGGUUGAUAUUUUUUUUAUUUGGGGGAGGAAAAUAUAAAAUUCCAGUUCUUCCCUAAUUUCGUGUUUUGUGUAGUUGCAGUGCACCUAACCUGGGUGUGUGGCACCAACCCCCGGUAGCCAGAGCUGCCUCCAGAGCCUCCCCUGCGCAGGAGGGUAGAGUGGGGCACUGAGUGUUUCCUUUUUGAAGCCAAAUCCAGCCCUUCCCUAGCAGAGCUGGGCUCCAUCUCUGUCUCGGCCUGGGGGCUACUGCCGGAGCUGAACAGGAAUCUGUAGCUGUCCCCCUCCCUGCUGGAUUUGUACCUCAAUAAAGUCGGCCU